AUGAAGAGGGUGGAUUUAAAGGCUGGAUCACGCUUUCUGCUAAGCCUUGGCUUCGUAGACGAGUCCGUGAGACUAUGGCAGUAUCACGGAAUGGAUUUUAGCAUUGCGUGUGAGUCUGAUGAUUCAGACCCAACUGCGACCAAUGACCCCCAAGGAGUUGGUUCUCCAAAGAUAGAGCGUCACCCGAAUCAACUCAACGACGAAAUCACUGUCCAACAAAACGAGCCGGAGAAUCUCGGGAUUGAAGUCGAACCCAGCCGUCACUUCGUGCCAAAAGCUACACGCAACCUCCUCCUUGAGAAAGUUAAGAAGCCGAAGAAGUCCCGACGACCAAAGAGGCAGGUAUUACUUGGACUGGAGCCCUAUAGUCCUGCUCAUACACCUAGCAAGCUGCGCAUGUCUAUUUCAGUGGAUGAAAUACAGACCGACGAGCCGUCCGAUGAAGAAGAGGCAAGUCCUGUCAAGGCUAGAGUAGCACGCCAGGUUCCAACUGGGACCGACCUGUCCAAGGCUGUGAAAUACACGAAGCCGGCGAGACAAUGGGCGGAUGUGCCCAAUGUUGGACGAGGUUCGAAGGAACAGUACAUGCGGCAACAGAAGCCAAAGGCAGCGCCACAGAAACAGACUAGUUAUAUUGACCUGACCGAAACUGAGCCUGAUUCACCAGUAACCGCGGAGAAACAGAAAGUUCAGAAUGGCACCUACCUUCAACCACCAUCUGAGAACGCUUGGUUUGCACCCGUUCGGGGGAGGUCAAGGAUGGCGGCAGCCAGAGAAGUGAUGGGCGAGCCCCUCCGUGACGCCGACUAUCCAAGUCUCCCAGUGGUGAGGAACGUAGCAGGAUUUGCAAAUCAUCUCCUCGCCGCCAAAUGGGCCAAAAUCCCCAAACCAAACGACAAUCCCAAGUUCGAGAAACCGACAAAUGUACCAGUUUUAAGACGUCGCUCGGCACUGGGUUUUGGGGCCAAUGGGUCGGACGGUCCCUCAGGCAAGGAACUUCUCCCCGGUUCGUCCUUGCAGCAUUUUGAUAAAACGCCAAGAACAAAGCGUAAGACAAUGACCACCGAUGAGCUUCCUAGCCCAUUUGACGCAUCGACGCCGCGCCGUGGAAGCAACGGACGAAAAUGGAAGGAGGGCACGGUAGUUAGGACUAGACAAUUGAGCAUGCAGGAACAGUAUGUCGCAGACGAGGACGUACCAUCGACGCCGCGCCGUGCAAACAACGGACAGAAAUGGAAAGAAGGCACCGUGGUCAGGACUAGACAAUUGAGCAUCCAGGAGCAAUAUAUCGCAGACGAAGAAGUACCGAUUGAAAUGCUGGAGGCAGGAGAACAAAUUCUGAUGACACAUGUCCACGGAUCGCUGAGGGGGACAGGAAAGAUAAUUGGACAGGGAAGAAAUGGUAGAGGAGAGGGAACAAGAAAGAACAGUGGGCUCGUGACUAUUGGGGAAGGAAGGAGUGGUAGAGGAGAUGGAACAAGAAAGAACAAUGGAGGCGUGGCAACGGCUGGAGAAGGAAGGAAUGGAAGAGGAGAGGGAACAAGAGGAAGAGCAGAGAGGAGAUUCUACGUCCCAAGGAGCCUUAUGUGUGACCCAGAGGUUGAAGAUGAGUAAGGAUUCGGUUCAACUUGUAGGAUAUUGUUGCUGUUGUCUUCUUGCUGGUAUUCAUUGGAGUCGAGGCCUAAAAUGAUGGACCCAAGCUGCGGCUUAUGUACGCUCUUUCGAGUGCUUAGCUGCACUUCAAGUUUCAGCCUGGCAAUGAAAGUUUCACUAAAAUAAUAACGUAUAUUACUUUUUCAUAAUUUUUAAAAGUGAUUGUUUUCAGAAGGUUGGAAUUGGAACAAUAUUGGAA